AUGGAGAUUAAUAGAGAUCUAGCAUUGGUAAUGGGUAUCUUUUUGGGAAGUCUAACAUUAUUAGCGGGUAUUUUUUUGGGUAAACACCUUGAACUUGGAAUUACCCGGAAAACUCAUGCAGGAUUCUUCGUACAAUGGGUUGAGUGCUCAGUGGUGUUUCUGUUCGGCUAUGUGAUCAAUGUGGUGCGUAAUUUUCCACCGUUUCAACCGAUCGCAAUCAUUGGUGGUUUCCUGUUCGCGACGGGGAAUGUUGCUGCAGUGCCACUGAUUAACGGUCUAGGAAUGGCUCCGGGCAUGCUUAUUUGGGGAUCUACUAUGGUGAUCGGAGGCUGGUCAGCCGGUCGCUUUGGCCUCUUCCAUACCGUACCUCAACGAGUUGUCAAUGAAAAAAUGAAUGUUAGCGGACUGAUUCUAGUGCUAAUCAGGCGAGUCGAUAGUGUAAUGUUCAUGUUCGUAGAACACGAAGACCAGAAGAAGGACGUUUUGCAGUACGUCAAAUCCGAUCCGAAUCCCUUCUCCACGAAAAAUCUCCGUGCAAACCACCGAUGGAUCUGCAAAAAGCUCUUUUACGUUUUCUUGGCUGUCUUCAUUGGUGUUCUGCACGGCUUUAUGAUGACUCCGGUCACUUACAUUAUCGAGAAUGUACCGGGUGCAUCCCCAAAUGUAUUGGACUAUAUGUUCGCACAUUAUUCGAGUAUAUUCGGCUUCUCGACACUCUACUACUUUGCAUACUGUUUAUACAAAAGGAAUCGGCCGCAUGCACCACCUGAGCUGGUUCUCCCGUCGGCUAUCUAUGGAUUUUUGUGGAGUUUCGGCAUGGUACUCUUUUUUGUUUCCAAUAAACUUCUCUCACAAGUGGUCAGCUUCCCAAUCACGUCAAGAUUACCAUCCUCGAUUGGUGUACUCAUUGAUGUGUUCAUUUUCAAGACAAUUCGAGGUGCCAGAAAUAUAAGCUUCCUGCUCCAAGCCGUAACAGCGAUGAGCAGUAGUAGUGUGAAUCUAGUUGGUUUCGCGUCUGCGAUCGUCUCGUGUGUUGCGUUCGGUUUCAUGUUCGCCCCACUGAAACGAUUCGAUACCAAAGAUGGUUUUUUCGUGCAGUGGAUUCAGUGCGCUGUGGUGUUUUUCGUCGGCUUCUGGAUCAACUUUGCUCGUGAUUUUCCACCGUUUAAUCCGAUCGCCACCAUUGGCGGCGUUCUAUUCGCUACAGGGAAUGUGGCCUCAGUUCCAUUGGUCAACGGCCUAGGCAUUGGUCUAGGGAUGUUCAUUUGGGGUUCAGUUCAGGUUACGGUCGGCUGGUGUGUAGCGCGUUUUGGCCUGUUCGGUACCAGAGCUCAACCGGUCUACAAUAACGCCAUGAAUAUCACUGGCCUGGUGCUUACACUGAUCAGUGGAGUCAUAUUUUUCCUGGUCAAACACGAGGAUUCUGGACGAACUGCUGCUGCUGCAGAUAACGCCGCCGCCAUCACAGCAACAGAAAGCACCGAGAUGGAAUCGGAUGGUAGUGAUAGCGCUACAGACAAGUCGGAUGCCGAACUGCGGAACGACGAUAGGCAACAUCAAGUUUCUGCCCGACAAAAUAACACCAAUCUGGCGAUCACUGAAUCGCGUGAAAAAAAAUUCAGAUUAAUGGGUUUGGCUGUUUUUAUGGGCGUUUUACAUGGACUGAUGAUGACUCCAGUGGUCUAUAUAAUGGACACGGAUCCGCACGCGUCGAAAAAUGUUCUUGACUUCAUGUUCGCACAUUUCUCAACAAUAUUCGCAUUCUCAACACUUUAUUUCAUCUUGUAUUCGAUUUAUAAACGGAAUCGCCCCUAUGCAGCCCCCGAAUUGGUUUUGCCGUCAGUGGCCUACGGCAUUCUGUGGAGCAUUGGUAUGGUGUUAUUUUUUGUAUCGAAUGAUAAACUCUCGCAGGUGGUCAGCUUUCCGAUAACGACACGGGUACGGAGGAUCGAUAUAACCAUUCAUAUAAGCAUUAUAACCAUUUCAAGACAACCAUUUCAAUUGAAAAACAUUUCAGUUGCCAUCUACAAUUGGAAUUCUGGCCGAUGUGUUCUUAUUUCGCAGCAUAAA